UAGCCGGUCCGGCCUGAACACAAAAACGAAAUGCCACUGCUGCAGCUGCCGACCGCGUGUGGCGCCGCUGCGGCGUCGGCGUCGGCGCCGGGCCCCUUCUUGCUCUCACGGCCGCCGCCCUCGCGGCUGCGCGCGUCGCACGUCCUCUUCGCCUUCCCUCGCCUGAGGAAAUACGGCCGCCGGAGCCGCGAGCCGGUACCCACCACCCUCGACGACGACGACGAGGAGGAGGCGGAUGAGGACGACGACGACGACAUGGAGGAGGCGGUUGACGAGGACAUCUUCCUCAAGAACCGGCCCAAGCCGGCCGGUUUCGGCGUGGGGAAGACCUACACCACCGACGUCGAAGAGCAGCUUCUCCGGGAGAUGGGCAUCGGCGGCGCCGGGCGCAAGAGCAAAUCGGCUCCGCCCAAGAGCAGCAAAACCAACGGCUCGGCCACAGAAACCGCCGCAGAUUGCAGUAAUGAUGGCGUUCAUGUUCGUAUUUGGAACCUCCCGAAAAAGAAGAACAUACAUAAGGACCUGAACCUAGCUUUCAAAGGGUUUCCUGGCCUGGUAACUAUAAACCCAGCAAACUCUGGAACUAAGAAGACCCGUGAUCCUAUUUGUAAGGGUUUUGCAUUUGUCAAACUGGAGUCAGUGGACGCUGCGACGAGGUUUGUUGAACUGUACUCUCGUAAAGCUGUGUCGUUCGGCAAGGUUGAGAAGCCAAUCAAGUGCUGUAUUGUUGAAGGGCACAUCUCUACGGAUCCUUCAGGUCCAGCAUCCAGCAGUCAGCCACCAGGGUCGAACCCACAACGGUUGGUAGCCGUAAGAUGAGCAGCACAGUUGAUCUGUCAUCAAUCCAGUUGCCACUCGGUACUUCAACAGACGGAGAAUUCCGGGAAGAAGGUUCGCUACAUAGAUAUUGGCAUGCUUCGCUCAAGAUUGCGAAGACACGGACCGUUUGGUCGGAAUUCCCGAUUUUGUAGAUGAUAUCAAGCAUUGACAUUAGCAGGAAGCCCUUUCUCCAAUGGGUUUAUUUAGAAGAUAGGCAGGGAUUAGACUCAGGUAUGCAGUGGUUUUUUUUAGUUAAAUUCACGUGAAUGUAUUGUGUCUAAAUUAGGUCCACUGUUUCGGAGAAGGAUUUGAAUCUAAAUCCGCGGCGUCGUUAUAAAUCCCCAGAUUAAAGUUGCUUCAAA